GCCUUUCGGAUUCAUGGGCAUUGACCUAUGGCAGAGAGGGUGAGAACGCGACCUACGCUGAGACAGCGAGCAGCUUCGAGACCAAACAGGUCGUGGGCUUCCUGUGGCCUGUGGCCUUGUUGAAGGCGCAUGGGAAGCCAAUCCCAAAGAAGCUUCAAGUCAUUCAGCACCAAGGCGCUCCAGUGCAGGGCGCUGUGUUGGUUGAGAACGUUGUGGGCGCCAUUGAAUUGGCCUCAACAUCUUCCAAAACUGCCAAGCGUGUUGUGGAGACGGGCCGGGAUGACUCGGACCAGGAAGGGGAGGCUGACGCUGGAGAUGCAGAUGCUUCUCUGGGGCGAUGGUCCUGCCAGCUCUUCCUGCAAGGCAGAGCCGGCAAGGUUGCUGCUGCAGAAUCCCGGGAGCUUGACAAGAGCGAGACCAUCAUUCUCUUGGCUCAGCAGAUGAAGAACGCUCUGGAGGACUCCCGACAGAUCAUGGGCGUGACCGUGUCCAAAGCGUCAGCCAUGAAGGACAAGGUUGAAGCCCGUCUCUCGGAGGACUCGACUAAGCUUCUGUCUGAGACCAUCCGCCGGGAAGGCACCUCUUGCAGAGCAGCCGUGAUUUGGCAGAACCUCAAGGACUGUGCUACAACCUUGGCUGGAAUUACGUUGGGGGGCAACUUCACCCCAAGGUCACCAAUUGCCGCUGCCCUGGAACGCAACGUGGCAGGCUCUGCCUCAAUUCUGCCAGCGGAGACUCCCAGCGACAAGGUUGAUGACAUGUGCCAUGAGGAUGCGGGCCAAGGAGAUCAGGUUCAAGCCAUGACUGCCUCUGCCAACCAGCUGUGGAGCUUCAUCAAGGCGUUCAGAGCCUCCAACAUCAUUGACAAGGUUGCCCCAGACAAGUCGAACCUGUUGGAGGACAUGUGCCGCCUGCAAAUCCUGGCAAGGAUUUGCGUUGAGCCCGGCCUGCCCGCAGCUUCCGAGUGCGACUCCAUCGAGGCUGCCAAGAGUGUCUUGACGAAGACCAAGAGCUCCCCUUUCUAUUGUGCUGUGACCGUGCUCCCGGUGGGUGUCUUUCUCUGCGCUCAGCUCAGAAGGUUUGCCAGGCUUCUGUCACAUGCUCAGGUGGGCCCUUAA